UCGUCGUCUCUAGUUACCACCGCCACAAAGUCAUAAUUAGGUGUAAAACCCGUCUAUUUCUACAAUUAAUAUUUUUUUAAAUCUGAUUUUAAAACUAAACCUAACCUGAAACUUAAGUACAAUGCUAACCAUAACCUUUGUUUCAAUUUUUUUUUUUUACGAUAAAGCCCCAUUUUACUUUGUGGCUGUGGUAACUAGUGGAAAAUAAGUUGUUAUGCAGCUAAAUAAACGUAGCUAGUUAACGUUACAGCUCGUCCUGAAGUCAGUUGAUUGAAUAACAGUCGGUGUCUUGCUUGUUAGCUACGUUACUACUAGACUCAACAAGAAUGGCUCCUCACAAGGUUGUUGUCAAGUGUGGGAGCUAUGCUGUGUUGGUGGAACUCCAGAUCAUUGGGCCUCUGGGCCACGGAGCACCACAGGAAACCAGCUGGUUCACUAUGGAGCACACUGAGGAGGUCACUAGUCUGGUGAGAGAUGCUGUGGACCGGAGGGUGAGGCUCUACAUAGACUGCCUUCACAAGAGAGGACAGCCCAAACACAAGAGAGAGCUGCCACGUGCCAAUCCCCUCUGUGUGAAAGGGAGAAGAGUUAGCCUGGUGGCCAACUUCGUGAAGAGACAUUUCAACCUGCGUUGUAUUGUCAAGCAUCAGUAUGGAGAGCUGCGUGUGUUUCCUGAGCGUUAUGUGGUGUGUGUGAGCCGACUGGAGGAUGCCUCAGCUAACCCGACCCCGGCCGUAACCGUGAGUCAGAGUACAGAGUCCCAGUAUUUUUCCAGGCCAGCAGCAGAAACCAGAGAUGAACUGAACUCCUCCACAAUAACAAAGAGAAGUUCCCUCCAGAAGAUAGCCAGACACGCGAACGCCAGGCCCCGACCAGAAACCCAACCUCUGCCCUGCGGAUCAGUCCUGGGGAAGAAACUGCACUCUGAGCAGAACAGAGUCCCAGGAGAGCAGGUUCCGGAGCCCCAGCCACCGACAUGCCAGCCCAGGCUUACCACAGACGCAGUGCUGCCCCACGGCCAUCCCACAACAUCCACUGACCCCACAGUACAGGCUGGGGCUGUGGGAGGGGUGGAACGCACAGAGGGAAAGGAAAGAGAGAGUGUUGGGCUCCCAGGGAACACUGACCCCAGAGACACAGUACUGAGUCAGUCCCAGAGUCAGGGUGGGGAAGACAAACCCAGCAGGGUCCCAGGGGAAGACCCUCCCAGGGCCAAGAGGGUGUGCCUUGGGCCACUUCUAGUAGCUUGUUCCUCCAAUGACCUCAUAACACCAACACACUCAGCUGAAUCCUCCAACCCUCUCCUUCCUCCUCCUCCUCUGUCGUCUCCUCGUCCACCUGUGGUCAAAUCCAGUGCCAAGACGGAGUCCGAGGCUUUCCCAGCCCCUGCCCCAGCCUUGUUCCCUGCCCCAGCUGCAGCCUUGUUCCCUGCCCCAGCCUUGUUCCCUGCCCCAGCCUUGUUCCCUGCCCCAGCCUUGUUCCCUGCCCCAAUGCUCUAUAUUCCAGCCUCUUCCCCAGCCCCAGAGAAGGACCAGUCCACAGCCCCUCUCUCCCCUCUCCCAGCACCAGCCCCAGAGCGGACCCAGUCCACAGCCCCUCUCUCCCCUCUCCCAGCACCAGCCCCAGAGCGGACCCAGUCCACAGCCCCUCUCUCCCCUCUCCCAGCCCCAGAGCGAACCCAGUCCACAGCCCCUCUCUCCCCUCUCCCAGCACCAGCCCCAGAGCGGACCCAGUCCACAGCCCCUCUCUCCCCUCUCCCAGCCACAGAGCAGACAAACCAAAACAGCCCCGCCGCAGGUCUGAGAGGCCGAUCUGUCAAGGAUGUAGUCUCAUCAGCCCUGUCUAUUGCUUCCACACACAUCGGCGUCAUAGGGGAGGGAGAGGAGGGGAGGGAGAAUGGUGGGAGGAGGAGGAGGAGAGGAGAAGAGAAGAGAAGAGAAGGGAGAGGAAGAGAGGAGAAGAGGGGAAAGAUUAUGGGGGGGAAGAGAGGAGAAGAGAGGGAAUAUAAUGGAGGAGACAAGAGUAGGAGAGGAGAAGAGAGGGAAGUGGGAGAGGAAGAGAGGUCUGUGGCCAGACCAUCCAGAUUACGACGGCUGAAGAAGUGAAGAGGGUGAGACUGAGAGAGGAGCAGACUGGGGAGGGGCAGAGCUUGAGGGUACAGUAAAGAUGCCUGAUGCCAGGGUUAGAGAUUGUGGCAGAUGUGUGUUUACCCAAUACACUGUCUCUUCCACAGUUCCAUUUGGGACUUGAUCUCUGACUGACUCCUAGCCAUCUGAACCCUUCCACUAUCCUCUGACUGACCCCUAGGCAUCUGAACCUUCCACUGUCCUCUGACUGACCCUAGGCAUCUGAACCUUCCACUAUCCUCUGACUGACUCCUAGGCAUCUGAACCUUCCACUAUCCUUUGACUGACUCCUAGGCAUCUGAACCUUCCACUGUCCUCUGACUGACUCCUAGGCAUCUGAACCUUCCACUGUCCUCUGACUGACUCCUAGGCAUCUGAACCUUCCACUGUCCUUUGACUGACUCCUAGGCAUCUGAACCUUCCACUGUCCUUUGACUGACUCCUAGGCAUCUGAACCUUCCACUGUCCUUUGACUGACUCCUAGGCAUCUGAACCUUCCACUGUCCUUUGACUGACUCCUAGGCAUCUGAACCUUCCAGUAUCCUCUGACUGACCCGGGGCAUCUGAACCUUCCACUAUCCUCUGACUGACCCUAGGCAUCUGAACCUUCCACUAUCCUCUGACUGACCCUAGGCAGCUGACCCCUUCCACUAUCCUCUGACUGACCCUAGGCAUCUGAACCUUCCACUGUCCUCUGACUGACCCUAGGCAUCUGAACCUUCCACUAUCCUCUGACUGACCCUAGGCAUCUGGACCCUUCCAGUAUCCUCUGACUGACUCCUAGGCAUCUGAACCUUCCAGUAUCCUGUGACUGACCCUAGGCAUCUGAACCUUCCACUAUCCUCUGACUGACCCUAGGCAUCUGAACCUUCCAGUAUCCUCCGACUGACCCUAGGCAUCUGGACCCUUCCAGUAUCCUCUGACUGACCCUAGGCAUCUGAACCCUUCCAGUAUCCUCUGACUGACUCCUAGGCAUCUGAACCUUCCAGUAUCCUCUGACUGACUCCUAGGCAUCUGAACCUUCCAGUAUCCUGUGACUGACUCCUAGGCAUCUGAACCUUCCAGUAUCCUGUGACUGACUCCUAGGCAUCUGAACCUUCCAGUAUCCUGUGACUGACUCCUAGGCAUCUGAACCUUCCAGUAUCCUGUGACUGACUCCUAGGCAUCUGAACCUUCCAGUAUCCUGUGACUGACUCCUAGGCAUCUGAACCUUCCAGUAUCCUGUGACUGACCCUAGGCAUCUGAACCUUCCAGUAUCCUGUGACUGACCCUAGGCAUCUGAACCUUCCAGUAUCCUCUGACUGACUCCUAGGCAUCUGAACCUUCCAGUAUCCUGUGACUGACCCUAGGCAUCUGAACCUUCCAGUAUCCUCUGACUGACUCCUAGGCAUCUGAACCUUCCAGUAUCCUGUGACUGACCCUAGGCAUCUGACCCCUUCCACUAUCCUCCGACUGACCCCUAGGCAUCUGAACCUUCCAGUAUCCUCUGCUCUAUUUCUCUCUUUCUCUCUUUACAAUAUCAACAUAAUAAUAAUCAAUAUUGUCAAUAACAACAAAAAUCUAGGGUAAAAAAUAACCAUACAAGGGCAUAGAGGACAUGUGUAGGUUGGUUGGUCUGUCAGGAACUCUCAUUCUGUGGUUUUGCAUGUACAGUAAAUACUAGAAUGUACUAUAUUCACACAGGCUACAGUAUCACAAGUACCAGGCUUAUCUCUUAGAAGCCCUUUGUACUACUCAAUUUCAAAAAUGAUUUCAAUAUAUAUUGGUAUAUAUUCAACAAUUCAACUGUAUUUUAACUAUGUUUUAUAUUUUGGGAUAAUAGAGGUGUAGCCAGAGGGCAGAGGGCAGAGGGCAGGGGGCAGAGGGCAGAGGGCAGGGGGCAGGGGGCAGAGGGCAGAGGGCAGGGGGCAGAGGGCAGGGGGCAGAGGGCAGGGGGCAGAGGGCAGAGAGCCAGGGUUGGGCGAGACCACUCCCUCUCCAUAGCCCCACGGCCAGAUAGAUUCCUGGGGAAGCCAGUCAACCCACUUCCCCCUGGAUCUCUGGGGCUCCACAGCUAUUCAGGCCCUCCAGGCCCCCACCCUGCCUCGGCUAGGGCCCGUCAAAGAAACCAACCUACCCAGCCCCCCACUGACUCUGCCCCACUAAUUGACAGUCACUCACCCCUUCCCAGGCUCUUCUACACUGGUUCUGGUGUGGCUUUACAGAGAAAUCAACCAACCCAUUCCCCUCCUGGCAACCAGGUCUCCACUGGCCCUCAAGGCCCCCACCCUUUCAGAGAAGCCAACUAACCAGACCAGGCCCCUCCUCUGGCUACCCCCCCCCCCCC